UAAUGAUCGUACUGCAUCGAACCCGCUUGGUGCGUGUGGCUACGCGUGCGUUGCGUGCGAACCGGCUAUCGGUUUUCGGUUGUGUGUGAAACAGCGUGAUGGUGUGGUGAUUGCUGAGGACUUUCAGACCAGGACCAGAAGCAGAAGGAUACAAGAACAACGUGCAGCAGACCAUCCUGUCCUGUGUGCUCCGAAAAACCCAUUGGCAUUGGAGGCCAGCAACUGCCAGCGGUGUGAAGUGACGCUUGCUUGUCCUGAAUUAGUUUCUUUUCCUCGUGCCCUUUCUUCCCUCACGUCACGGUGUCCGUUGGAGUUUCUUUUUGUUUCGGGCGUGCGAGAGACAAUCCAAGUGCCCUGUGUGUGUGUGUGCUUUCCGCGUGUGUGUCUGCAGUGGAACAGUGUCGGUGCGUUUCCGGUCUCUUUCUGUUUGCUGAAGCGUCCAGGUGGUUUAUAGGAUAGACAGGAGGAAACAACAACACACACUCAAGAUGGUGCUAAGUGAAGGACAGCUGGCACUGUGCACAGUGUUCACCCUAUGGUUGGGUGGUCUGCCUUUGAUGUACUCGCCGGCGCCCCGCGGUGACUGUGAUAAUUGCUGCCCCAUCCGGGAGCCGAAGGAUAUACAGUUCUUUCUCUUCACACGACAAAACCCCGACACCGGUGACACCCUGUUCGUGUCGGACAAGAAGCACCUCCGGGCGGCCCACCUGAACCGCACCAAUCCGCUCGUCAUCUAUCUGCACGGCUUUUCCGAGCGGGCGCCGGGCGGGGCGGGCGAAAGCAGCAAACAGAUGAAGGAUGCGCUGCUCGCCGCCGACGACUACAAUGUGGUGCUGGUCGACUGGAGCCCCCUCACCGCGCUGCCCUGGUACGUGAACUCGGUGCAGAAUGGGCCGCGCGUCGGUCGCUACAUUGCACGGUUCGUGCGGUUUCUGGUGCUGUCCGAGUUUCCGCUCGAGAAGAUCCACCUGAUCGGGUUCAGCCUCGGCGCGGAGGUGGCUGGGUUCGCUGGCAAAACGCUGAACGAGUGGGGCCUUAAGCUGCCCCGCAUCACCGGUUUAGAUCCGGCCUUCCCGCUGUACGUGUUUGAGCGUGCCUCCCAGCGUCUCAGCCCGAAGGAUGCGGAGUUCGUCGACGUCAUCCACACGGACGGCGGUCUGCUAGGCUACCCGUGGCCGCUCGGGCACGUCGACUUCUACCCGAACGGUGGCGUCCCGCUGCAGCCGGGCUGCGCCCAACAGGAGCUGGCCAAAAACCGUUGGCUGGGUGUAUUUAUUGGCUGUAGCCAUGCCCGGGCCUGGCAGUACUUUGCCGAAUCGCUCACCCGACCGCAAGGCUUCCUCUGCGAACGGUGCGAACCGACCGACGCGCCGGCCACGGGUGCAGCGAGCCGCUCGACCCGAGACACCAACAACUGCACCAUGACGCGGGAAGUGUUUAUGGGCAUGUACACGGAUCGGACGCUGCGCGGUAAGUUCUACCUCAGCACCAACCCGCAGCCACCGUUCGGGAAGAAUCUGAUGCCGCACGAGGCGCAACAGCAGCAAAAGCAACUGCCGGUGCAGCGAAAAUCCUAAAAUGCCAAAAUGCUGCGCCCAGCUUCCAGGUAAAGGCCACCGGCUGGUGGUUGGAAGCUGCCGCGCACGAUAGUGUGUAGGUAGGUUUCUUAUGCAAAUUAAUAAUAAAUUGUAAAAUU